UACAAGAUCAGUGAAAUGAAGUUCUGAAAAAUCCUCCUGCUAGUGCAAUAUGAAAAAGAAGAGACAUCUCAGGUCUCUCAUUAGAGCUAAUAUAUCUUUGCCAAGAGAAGCACUAAUUCCAUAAUAAUAGGCACAGUAGGAAAACACGUCUAGAGUGUGUGUUGCCAUUAUAUCUACUAAUAUGAAACAAUCAUUUAUGCAAGCCUUUCCCCUUUCCACAUUUCCUGUGUGGUGAGAUCUUCACCUAUCUAUGAGUACUUCCAGGAGUAGGUGGAUGGGGUGUGGAGGGAUUUUUUGAUCCUGCAACUGGAGAUUUUAACUGUGGAGACAACUGCAGGAGAGCAGCCAGUCCCUAGUUCCAUCCUUCUCAGCACCGUGAAAUGGAAUUCAUAUUAGAAAUUUUUCUUGUUGCUUUUAUCUUGUUGGUGGCAUUGGCAUUUUACUAUGAACAUCCAAAGGCUGAAAUCCCUCGGGAAGUGGAUCAGCACAUAAAGCUUUACAUUCUUCAUUACGUCGUGAACUUUGCAUUUGGUCUGGGAAGAAUUUUUGAGAAACUGGGCAUCUGUAAGGAGGUUUACCUCAUCAGGGCCUUCUUGUGUGGAAUACCACCAUGGAAUGAUGCUAAUCUCUUCAUCGAGGACUUGAAGUUUGCAAAGGUGUCAGUGAGGGUCUACCAUCCGAAAGUGUCAUCUGCUGGCCGAAGGAGAGGAGUCCUUUACCUUCAUGGAGGAAUUGGCCAGAUUGGAAGCAUACGCAUGUAUGAAAGAGUAUGCCGUUUUAUUGCCAGGAGAAGUGACUCAGUGGUUGUGUGUGUUGGGUAUCGUUCGGCUCCUAAACACCCAUAUCCAACCCAGUUCUGGGACUGUCUCACUGCCACGGUACACUUUAUGACGACAGCAGAAGACUAUGGGGUGGAUCCCACCCGUAUUAUCAUCUGUGGAGACAGCAGUGGAGGCACACUCGCUGCUGCUGUUUGCCAAACCCUUGUGGGUAGAACAGACCUCCCAAAGGCACGAGCCCAGAUCCUAUUCUAUCCAUUUCUCCAAGCUGUGGACUUUAAUUUGCCUUCAUAUCAGCAAAACGGUUCAGUCCCCAUCCUGUUAAAGAAACGGACCCUCACACUUGGACUGCAGUAUCUCAAUAAGGAUUUGUCACUGAUGAAAGGUAUCCUAGAAGGUUCCCAUGUGCCUGAGGAUUUGAAACUGAAGUUUAGCAAAUGGCUGAGUCCAGACAAUAUCCCCAUGGAAUUUAAGAUCAGAGGCUACAAACCACCUGCAUCUGCUACAUAUUCAGAAGAACUUCAUACUUUGGCCAAACCAGUUUUUGAGACAACCUUUUCCCCACUCUUAGCUGAAGAUGCCAUUGUUCGCCAGCUCCCAGAGACUUUCAUCGUGACCUGCGAGUACGAUCUGAUCAGGGAUGAUGGACUGUUGUACAAGAAAAGAUUGGAGGACAAUGGCAUUCCAGUAACUUGGUACCACAUAAAGGAUGGAUUCCAUGGAGCACUAUUCCUAAUUGACUAUGGGUAUAUUUCAUUUCCAUGUGGAGAGAGAGCAAUGCUCAAUGUAGUAAACUUUAUAAAAGGCUUGUAACCACUGCCCCUCAAAAAACAAAAAUAUCUCCCCCCCUCCCGUUCUUCAGAGCUGGGAGUCUUGCUUUCCAUUCCCAAAGCGAUACGUCUGAGUGGCCGCAGAAAUUACAGGAAACUCUCAGAUUUCAAUUAUCUUUGUCCAGCUCUGAAAUACCGGCUAUGGGGCUGCCCCCUCUUUCCCCACCUGUGGCUGCUAUUUCUAGCUGCUUGUGAGAAGUGCAGCUAGAGGAGCUUAGGAAUCUCUGUUUCUCCUCCUUCUGCUACUCAGCUGGUCUUCCAGGGAGAGAUUUGUGCAGUGCUGCCCAGGGGAUGGGAGAAAACUCUAGGGCUGGGAAACUGAACAGGCAAAAGGGAUUUGGGGCUGAA